UAGGGAACCCUCUGACAGGCGGAGAGCGAGCUGCGAAUCCCAUUGUGUGCUAAUCGCCCUCCGCAGACCUGCCUCACCCUGCAGCGCAGGAACACACUCGGCACAGCGCAGGAACAGAAGCAGCACCAUGGCCGAAUUCCCAGCCAAAGUCAGCACCCAGACCAGCUCCCCGGACGCCUCCAGCGGGGGAGGCUUCUGCCCCAGACCGGACAUCACCUUCCUUAAGUCCAUCCCGGGGAUCCUCAUGAUGGUGGAGAUCCUCCUGGGUCUCCUGGUGUGGGCACUGAUUGCUGACACUCGCUACAGUUCGGCACCCGGUUACGGCUGGGUCAUGUUCGUGGCGAUCAUCUGCUGGGUGCUUACCAUCAUCCUGUUCAUCAUCAUUUUGCUGCAGCUGCAGAGGAGGAUCCCCAUCAUUCCCUGGCCCUUAACGGUGUUCAUCUACCACGCGGCGGCCACCGUCCUCUAUGUGACAGCAUUCAUCACCUGCGCAGCGUCAGUGAACAUAGGAUGGGUCACGAACAGUGAUUACAGCAGAAGAGGGGCAGCCUCGUUCUUCGCCUGCGUGGUGAUGAUCGCUUAUGGAGCAAACACCUUCUUUAGUUUCAUGGAAUGGAGGGGCACCGGUGGGAACGCAGCAUCCGCCCAGGCCUAAAGACUCCGCGCACACCUUGAUGUAUAUAGCUUUUUUUUCCACUGACUGUCAUCCCACCAGACAUGAACUUGGAAUAAGUCUCUGGGAUGUCCUGUCCACAGACCUGAGAGACCAUUGAAGGCGUUAUCAAUGUAAUAUAAGGGGAAGGGGGGUGUUAGGACCACACAGACCAUGGCCUGGAGCAGAUACAUUACAGAUCUAAUGCACGGAAUAAAUCCAGGCGGUCUUCUCAAUUAUCUACAACUCCCAGCAUCUGGCUGUCAGGAUAUGCUGAGAGCUGUCAUUCUGCAACAGCAAGAAAUCCACAGACUGGAAGUCACUAAUUCUCAAGAACCUACAAGGCCCCUUUACAUGGCGUCCUCCUACCUGCUCAAGCGGCCAUAUUUACAGCUCGUUCUAUCCGCUCGGAGGAUCCGUUACACAUUUUAGAGAAAACAAAUGAACGUAAACCUAGUCAUGACAAUACAGCCUGCGGUCUACGAGCUCUAUAUGCACUCUGGUUGAGUACCAGCUAUUGCCACCUGUUAUCAGCCGCUUCUGGCCAGGGAGAGGCUGAGCCUAGUGUUCCUCGUUGGAAAGAACAGCACAAUCCAGAGCAGGAAUCAGAAAAUUCCUACAAAUGCUUCGUCAAAUAAACCAGACCCGCAACUAACGGCAAAAUUACUAAAA